AUGUUCAACACGAUUGCACAGGAUGGCCCGCAUCUUUGGGAGCGCACGUUUGACGACAUAGUGCGCGACCAGCAACUGGACACCACACCGGCGGCGCUUCGUCACGCCUGGAACACCGGCGCCGACAAUUUCCGCGACCGACGUAUCGAACCGGGGGUGCCCUUCGUCUCCUACCUGGAGGGCUGGGCCGACGCUUUCGAUGGAGCCUUUCGCGAUCUGGGUCUGCGCGGGGACGGGCGGGCAGCCUCCCAGAAAUCCAUCGACGACCUCGGUCAACGCGAACUGUGGGAAGAUUCCCCCGAAGCCCUCAACAUGAUCUGCCAAAACUGGCGAAUGGGGAUCGUUUCCAAUGCCGAUGACGCCUACCUGAACCCGGUGGUUGCCAGGAUUGAAGCUCCGUUUGGGGCGGUAAUUUCCUCUGAGGGCGAACAGUGUUACAAGCCUGACGCCCGCAUGUUCCGUGCCGCUUGCCAACGAUUGGGUGUCGCUCCCUCCGAAUGUGUGUACGUUGGGGAUCGUCAGUUGGAAGAUGUUAUGGGCGCGCACGGUGUCGGCAUGGCCGCCGUAUGGAUCAACCGUUCCGGAUCCGCCAUGGAUCCCGCCCUCCCUACGCCCGACGCAGAAAUCCGCAACCUGCUGGAGCUGCCGCAGGUGCUGGAACGGCUGGGCUAA